AUGGAUGCCAUCAUGGACCCCGGUUCUGCAACCGGCUCACUGUCCCUGAGGAAUUGCAGCAGGCAGAACCGCACUUGUAGCGUGGAGAGCCCCGUUGCCUACGUGGAUUAUUACCUGCACCAGCCUCUUGUCGCCGCAAUCUUCAUCAUUUCCUACCUCCUCAUCUUCCUCCUGUGCAUGCUCGGCAACGGAGUGGUGUGUUUCAUCGUGCUGCGGAGCAAGCACAUGCGCACCGUCACCAACCUCUUCAUCUUGAACCUUGCUGUCAGCGAUCUGCUCGUGGGAAUUUUUUGCAUGCCCACCACUUUGCUGGAUAAUAUCAUCUCUGGGUGGCCCUUUGGGAAUACGGUCUGCAAGAUGAACGGGAUGAUCCAAGGAAUCUCCGUCUCGGCUUCUGUCUUCACCCUGGUCGCGAUCGCAGUGGACAGGUUCCGUUCCAUCGUUUAUCCCUUCAAGCAGAAGCUCACCAUAUCGACGGCCAUCGUCAUCAUCGUGGUCAUUUGGGUGCUGGCCAUUGCCAUCAUGUGCCCAUCCGCGGUGAUGUUGAAGGUGGAGAAGGAGAAGCAUUUCAGGGUCAUCCUUGGUGAUGGCAACAAAACCAACCCGAUCUACUGGUGCCGGGAGGACUGGCCCAACCAGGACAUGAGAAAGAUCUACACGACCGUGCUCUUUGCCAACAUCUACCUGGCUCCCCUUUCUCUCAUUGUCAUCAUGUACGCUCGGAUAGGGAUCACGCUCUUCAACACUUCUGUCCCCAGCGCGGGAAAGCAGGGCCAAGAGCGUCACUCUGUCUACAAGAAGAAACAGAAGGUCAUCAAGAUGCUCAUCGUCGUGGCGUUGCUUUUCAUCCUCUCAUGGCUGCCUUUGUGGACCUUGGCGAUGCUCUCGGACUACGCCGACCUGACCGAAGAGCAGUUGCAGGUCAUCAACAUCUACAUCUACCCUUUCGCUCACUGGUUGGCCUUCUUCAAUAGCAGCAUCAACCCCAUCAUCUAUGGGUUCUUCAACGAGAACUUCCGGAGGGGUUUCCAGGCAGCCUUCAGAUUUCAGCUUUGCUCCAGGGAUGCGUUACCCCGGGAGAUCUAUUUCCAGCGGGGACAGAGCAAUGCCAUUUUACCAGCCGCCGUUCCCCAACCAACAGCCCAGCAUCUUACAUCUCCAGCUGCGGGGAGGCUGCCUCAGAAAGGGAACUGGAUGGACAAGACACAAGUGCUUAUGCUGGAAGAUAUCGAAAAGGGGGGAAAUAACAACGGAGUUAAACAAGACUUGCUAUAAACUACCUCUUCCUGUUAGUUCGGUGCCCGCUUUGACAGUUGUCUUGCUACUCAAGCCCACCCUGGCAAAAAUGACAGCUCUUUUAGGACUUCGCUGCAUGUCCCUUUUGUACAAUAGUUGGUUGAUUGCAAAAUAUAGGGCAGUCUGUUCCUGAAUCAGGAGAGAUUCUCUUGUAAUUAAGAUCAUGUUUGGACUUUUUCCACUGUGGCAGCUUCAGAGUUGUGCAUUCAGGUGGUCUUGGAUUCUGGUCUAAGAUGGUUGAUCCCAAAACUUUAUAAUGUAAAUAUUUUUAAAAAAGCUUGAACAGCCUGUUGCAAGGUAGGUUUCAUUGAGACAAUAAUGACUUUUCAGAUUUGGAAAUCCUUCUAGUAGAAAAGCAUCCGACCCUAUACUAGAAACGAAAAUUUCUGAGCAGACGGAGUGAGCACCCAAUAUCCCUUGGCCCUUGUUCAGAGGAGAAAACUUUAAGUAUUUUUAAAAGUUGUCUCCGCCCUUAGAAAUAAAUAUGACCGGGGUGGAAUUCUAGCAGGAGCUCCUUUGCAUAUUAGGCCACACACCCCUGAUGUAGCCAAUUCUCCAAGAGCUUACAAGGCUUUUUUUUGUAAGCUCUUGGAGGAUUGGCUACAUCGGGAGGGGGAGUGUCCUAAUAUGCAAAGGAACUCCUGCUAGAAUUCCACCCCUGAAUACGACCGUCAUCAGAAUCUUUUCAUUGUGCGAAUUCUGGGAAUGGUCACCUGGUGUGAAAUUCAACCAUGUUCCUGACCUGACAAAGACAGAUGACCAAAUAUUGAAUGACACGAUUUAGAACCUCUUUGUCUUACCUGUUACACAAAUACAAUCUUGUGUUUAUGAUGAA